UCCCCGCAGGGCGGGCGGGCCGCGGGCCGGGCAUGGAGCGCUGGGUCGGGGAGGCCGGGGACUGGGGCUCCCUCGGGGGAGCCGGCUGGGGCCGUUGGCUGGGCUGGGAGCUCUUGGCCGCCUGCGCGGUCAUCGGCGCCGUGGGCUGGCUGCUGCGGCUGCUGGAGAGGAGGCCGGGCGGCCGCGGGGCGCCGGCGGCGGCCAUCUCCUCCUCCCCGGCGCCGCUCUCCGCGCGGAGCCGGCGCUGCAGCGGGAGCCGCCCAGGUGAAAUAACAAUGGAUGCAAUAUUAUCCCGAUUGAAGCAGCUCACCCCUGAUGAGCUUAGAGAAGAAAUUAUAAGAGCAGGAUUGAAAUGUGGUCCCAUUACGUCAACUACAAGGUUUAUUUUUGAAAAAAAAUUGGCUCAGGCGCUGUUGGAGCAGCAAGGAGCACUGGAGGAAAAAGGAUCUGCUCUGUCAGGGGAGGCUGCUGGAAAUGUCCAGUCUAAUAGCAGCCAGGCAGAAGCACAAAAGGCUUUGAAAACUGUUGCAGUGAAUCACAACGGUCACGGAAGUGUUUCAGAAGAGGUAGACUUUGGGUACUGUGUAGGUCUGAACCCUCCAGAAGAAGAUGUCGUGAUGCACAUGAACUGUUCAGCUCCAGUCUGUGGAGCAGGAUGUGUUGAUUCACAAAUUAGUACCCAGACGCGGUCCAGAGAUCCUCCACUGUUCUAUGGUGUUUGUCCAGUUUAUGAUGACAUAUUGGCAAGGAAUGAGAGAAUACAUGUUUAUGAAGAUAAAAAGGAAGCUCUCCAAGCUGUUAAGAUGAUUAAGGGUUCCCGUUUUAAAGCUUUUUCAAACAGAGAAGAUGCUGAGAAAUUUGCUAAGGGAAUCUGUGAUUAUUUCCCAUCUCCAAGCAAGUCCUCUUUAUGUUUGUCUCCAGUGAAAAUGGGAUCAUUUAACAGAGAUGGCUUAUGCUCCCCUGAGAACGAAACUGCUAAUAAGGAGAGAGCCAACAGUUAUAAAAGUCCGCGUACUCAAGAUCUUACUGCUAAACUUCGAAAAGCUGUCGAGAAAGGAGAUACAGCAACAUUUUCAGAACUCAUUUGGAGUAACCCUCGCUAUCUGAUUGGAUCGGGAGACAAUCCAACAGUUGUACAGGAAGGGUGUAGGUACAAUGUCAUGCAUGUUGCUGCCAAGGAGAACCAACCUGGUAUUUGUCAGUUAUUACUGGACACUUUGGAAAAUCCUGAAUUUAUGCGCCUUAUGUAUCCAGACGAUAAUGAUACAAUGUUGAAGAAUCGCAUCCAAUAUAUUGUUGACCUUUACCUUAAUACACCAGAUAAAAUGGGAUUUGAUACUCCAUUGCAUUUUGCCUGCAAGUUUGGGAAUUUGGAUGUUGUUAAUGUGCUUACCUCACACCCAGCUAUUGUAAAAAAUCCAAGAAACAAAUAUGAUCAAACUCCAGCAGAAGUAGUUUGUGAAAGAAGCAAGAAUAAAUCUGCAGAAUUGAAAGAAAAACUAAGAGAGUACUUGAAAGGUCGAUACUAUGUACCACUCUUGAGAGCAGAAGACAAUUCCUCAGCUCCUGUAAUUGGUGCACCGUGGUCACCCGAUCAGACAGAUGAUAGCCCCCAAAGAAGUUUAUCUAAAUACGCUGGCAACCCCAAAGAUCCGGUGUUGUCGAUAAGAGCUUUUGCAGGCCCCAUGAGCCCCUCAAAGGCUGAAGAAUUUCGCAAGCUUUGGAAGACUCCACCUCGUGAGAGAGCUGGCUUCUUUCACAAUGUCAGGAAAUCUGAUCUAGAGAGAGGUGUUGAAAGAGUUGGAAGGGAGUUAGCUCAUGAACUGGGGUUCCCGUGGGUUGAAUACUGGGAAUUUCUGGGCUGUUUUGUUGAUCUGUCUUCCCAGGAGGGGUUGCGAAAAUUAGAAGAGUACCUGAGUCAUUGGGAAAUGAGCGAAAAGGCUCAGCAAGAAACAGGGGAAAAUGAAACCUGCAAUAGAUAUAAAACUCCACAUCCUUCUGGCAAGAGUAAAAAGUGCUGCAAUUCUAUUUCUGUUGGAGCAUUUUUGGAUGAGGAUGAUGAUGACAUGAGCUUAGAAGAAAUUAAAAACAGACAAAAUGCAGCACGGAAUAUCAGCCAACCUCUUGUGUCCAAAGAACCUAGCAUUGACGCUAUUGGAGAUGUGGAGUGUGAUAUCUUGUCAAUGGAACGUGCAGUAAACAUUCUAGAGGCAUCAGCUCACCCCAGGCACUAUGAGAAGGCGGCUUCUUCCAGCAAAAAUGGAUUUUGUAAUCCUGUGUCCAGUGAAAGGAUAAUUAGUGACAGAAAGCAUUUGCACGAUGGAGAAGAAUGCCUUGUAUCGCCUGUUUCCAAUCUAAUGUCAGAAUUUGAAAGCCUGUCAUUCCAAGAACAAGAGGUUGCAGGAGAAUCAAAUAAAAUCACUGAAAAAACUGAGAAGGAGAGAAUUCUGGCUGAAGGAACAAGUCAGGCGAGAAUAUCCAAGGACUAUCUGGAUAGGACCUGUUACGCAGUUUCACUGGCAAGUUCUUCUGACCCAAGCGUUACAGGUAAACCCGGAGAGAUCAAGUUAAGGACAGAACACAAAAUACCAUCAGAAAAGGAGAGAGUGUCCAAGCAGUCUGGAACUCAGACGAAAGAGGUGCAGCAACAUCCAGAAUUUUUUUCCCAGAAAUUUCCGUUGAAGGCUUCACCCACAAAUGACAAUUCUAAGACGCUAUUCCUGCUUGGGGAGCAGCCCUCGAAGCUGGAUAGUGAUGUCUUAGCAGCUAUAGAAGCAGUAGAGAUUGAUCCCCAGAAAUACCCGAUGAUUUACAAAUGGAAACAUGCGGUGCAGUUGUACUCUUCAUCUGACAGGCAAAGUUGGCCAAGUCCAGGACUGAAGGCAAGAUUCAAGUCCCAGACCAUCGCCGCUGGCCUUCCAAAUUCCAGUUCGGGAAGAAAGAGUCCCAUAACAGGAAGUCCAGGAAAAUACAGCAGUGCCACCUCGUUUUCUCCAGACCCUGGGAGUCCCGGGCGCUACAGUCCAGCGUGUGUCAACCACGCUCUGUUAAAACUGCGUUAUUUUUCAGAGCCUCCAGCCCACUAAAAUAUGAUUCAUCUUCCUGGGACUCCAAUUCUAUUUUCAUUGUUAGAGUGGAGGAAAAAACUACAAUGUUACGUGAGUGACAUGAGGUUUGUACUUGGCUAUUUAUUUUUCCUCAAUUGAGGAUAACUGUAUGUUAAAAAAAAAUGGAAUAUAUGUCUUUAUGCCAUAUACGAGAUAGAUUACUGGUGAUAUGCAAGAAGUUAGUGCCAGUCAGUGCAGUUGUCCGGUAGCUAUGAAUUAAUUCUUGUUGCCAGUAAAGCAGUGAGCUGAACCUUUACUUAGAAACGGUGGUAUUUUACUAUCACCAGUUGUCAUUAUUGUAAGGAACCCAUUAGCCCUCAACUGCAUUUCGUUAGUUUGGGUAGUCUGGAGGAGGCACAUCAUCAGUAAACAGAAAUCUUAGGAGAGGAAAUUGAUGGCAAGAAGCAAAAUGUUCUUCGACUCGCAGGGGGAAUGCUAAAAGUGAAAAGCCUAAAACAAAGGCUGGGAAGUGGCAGCUUGCCAGUGCUGAGUUUGAAUAUGAAACCCUGUGCAUAAAGAGAAAGUGAGUUUAUAGCCAGCAGUUUGGUCCAGACAGCUGAAUACACACACACACGCACGCACUUUUACAUAUAUGUGUGUAGGUAUGCACGUGUUUACACAGAAAACCUUGAGUCUUUGCUUGUUCUGAGGCUGUUAAAAACACCGUGAUGUACUGAGUGCUUUAGUAAAGGGGCACUAUAGCAAUCACCGGUAUUCCUUUAAAUGUUAGUUUGAAGAUUAAAAGAAAAGAAUAUCUAAAAACUAGCUGUUUUUUUCCCCGCAGAAGCUUUUAACAUUAGCAGAUUUUAAUAGUUAUAACACAAAAGCACAUCAGCAAUAAUUUCAGCAAAUUUACCAGCAACAUACCGUAAUGGUCUAGUUUGUAAUAUAUUAGAGUGGUAGCCAGUGACCCAUGAUGUGGCUCCUUAUUUCCCAACUGCAAACAGAGAGGAAUAAGGACUAAAAAUAUUUUUAUUGAAAUCUAAGCUUUUACUAUGUCUCUAGUCUUGACGUGGUAAUGAGUUUUUGUUACUGCAGUCAAUAAUUUUAUUCUUUAGCCUUCUAUAAGAAUGACUUGUUUCGACAGUACAAUGCUGAGAUCAAAGAAUGCUUUUCAAAACCUGACAGUUUCCCAUAUCGAGCUUAAUGGUUGUAAUGUUGGUUGAAAAAAGGCUCCCAGAAACAGUUCUCUAGUUAAAAAAAAAAAGGAAAAAAAAGAAAGAAAAACCUAUCUAUCAUUGCAAUGUAAAUCUGAUCAGAAAAUGAAAAUCUGCCGAGGCUGUGCUGGUAAAAGGGAUGGCCCGGGGUUCCCCGAAGGCGCGGCCCGGGCGCGGCGCGUGCCUGGCUGAGGAACCGGGGGGCGCAGGCGGCGGCAGCGGCUGCAGGAGCCGGAGCCCCAGCCCCCCCAUUGCCCCCGCUGUGCCCGCCAGGGCACGGAGCUGCACCCCCAGGCCCUGCGCCCUGCCCCAGGGUCCUCAUUUGGUACAGACCUAAAAACUGCACUUAAUGCUUUUGCGAGCUUAAUAGUGCCUUUUGUAACAUAUUUUUUUAAUUAAAUUCUUGUUCUUUUAGAAGUUUUAAAAAAAAAAGUGGCAUCCACUUACUAUGGGCACAUAAAAUACAGUUUUUCUUCUGGGCUUUCUGAGCAGAACGUAUUUUAAUGUCUCUUUCUAAGUUUAUUUGGUGCGAUAGCUCUCUGCCGUGGGAGAGCAUUCUUCCUUUAGAACUUAUUCUUAAGAAAAGGCUUAUUUAGCUCUUUCUUUAUAACUAAGCCUAUUGCCAAUGAGCUGGACAUUAGAAAGAGCUACUUUACACAAACGACUCAUUCAGCGAUGCUCAACAACUAGCUGGGGGUUGGGGGGUGUCAUUCUUUAAGAAAGAAAUGUUUUUUAAAAAAACCCAUAACCUACUAUGUUACCAAGUAUAUUAACUGAACUGACUUUUUCAUGAAGUUUUUGAUGCAGCAGUCUCUGUGGUCUCAAACAACUUUUUUAGGUCCCAAAUUCCUACAGUUUUAUGUUAAAGGGCUUGGGGGGGGCGGGGGUGUAUGGGAGAGGGUGGUGUUUUGGGUUUUGUUUCUGGUUUGGUUUUUUUUUGGUUUGGGGUUUGUUUUUUUUGUUGUUGUUUUGUGGGUUGUUUUUUUCAGUUGUUUUUUUUUUUUUUUAAUAAUUUAAUGUAAAUUAUGUCUUUGUCAUGCUGGAGAAAUUAUUCAAGUGAUGAGUAAAUGCCCAAUACCAUAUCAAAGCCAAAUUCAGGGGGUAAGUUGCUGUGCAUGCAGCUGUUGUUCUCCACCCUGGCCUGUCCUGGGCUGGCCCAGGGUGACAUCACCCUUUUAUUAAGAUUUUGUUGUAAAGCCAGGAGACUGAUACUAACACUCUAGUACUUUUUCCUUUUUACAUUUGUUACGCUUUGCUCUCUUUUUUUAGUAUUUAAAUGUGUAUUACUGGUAUGUACAUGUAGACACACCCCCACACACACCUCCUCCCCCCCCUCCCACCACCCCACCCUUGCCUUUCACCUAGUUUCGGUUCACUCAGCAAAACGGGUUUUUUUAACUGUGUUACAUUAUGUGCAUUAGUCCAGUUGUACUGCAUCUUUAGAGGUCAUUUUUCUAACAAUGUAUUUACUUCAGCUAUUAAAAAAAAAGCAAUUUAUGUAGCGAUUUGAUCGUUCAUGAUUGUGAAGAAAGCUCUUCCAUGCUAAGCCUGUGGAGACACUUUAAAUCAGAUUGAUAUUGCUUGAAAUGUGUUUUCUUGGCUAAAAGUUCACUUUUAAAGGUGCAAAAGAUUAGUUGUGGGUGUUUUUUUAAAUUAGCCAAGCGUCAUGUAAAAAAUAGUUACCCUGCUUUCUAUUAAAAAAUAAAUGAGUAGCUAAAAGCGUCACACUGUGUUUAGUGUACGGGCACGGUGCUAAGUACCUGGAUAAUACUAUGAUGUGGCAAAUCUUACUAAUAAAUCUAACUCGGCCUUCCUAAUACAA